AUGACGUCCCCCCCGUCCCCGCUGGCCUCCCCGUCCCCGUGUCCUCCUCCCCCUCCCUCGCUCCCGUCCUCCCCCACGCUCUCGUCUCCCGCCCCGUCCUCGCUCCCCCUGCCGCCCUCUCUGCCCCCCACCGGAGAGGUCAUGGUUCUGGCUCUGGGCCGUAAGAAGCAGCGGCUCCUCAUCGCUCUCUCCAUUCUGCCGAACCUGUUCCUGGCGUUCCUGCUGUCCUCCGACCCGCUCCUGACCCUGGCCCCGCCCUUCCGCUGUCGUCUCCCGGGACCCUCGCCCGCUCCUCAGGUGACCAACGCCUCCGUGAGGACGGAGAAGAGAGACGGAGACCUGCCCCAGUGCAAGCAGUUCAUCAACGGCACGCGGUCGGGUGUGAAGGACUGUGACGCCGGAUACGACUACAACGUCACCGAAGGCCUGACCAAUAACAUCGUCACAGAGUGGGAUCUGGUGUGUUCGCGGUACUGGCUGGUUCCAGUCGAGGAGGUGUGCUUCAUUCUGGGGACGCUGACCGGCUGUCUGGGUUUGGGCUACAUGGCUGACCGGCUGGGAAGACACAAGUCUCUGCUGGUGUCUCUGAUGCUGGCGGUGGUUUUCGGGGUGCUGGCGUGUGUGUCGCCCUCUCCGCCCGUCUUCAUCACCAUGCGCUUCUGUCUGGCCGCGGCUAGCGCCGGCGUCUACCUCACGCUGUACGUCACACGUGUGGAGCUGUGUGACCCGUCGCUGCGGCUGCUGGCCACGAUGAUGUCCGGUCUGACCGUGUUUGCGGGCGAGCUCCUGUUGUUGGCUGUGGCCCUCGGCUGUGGCUCCUGGAGGGGCCUUUUAGGAACCGGAGCUGCUCCUCUGUCAUUGUUCCUGUGCUACGGGAUCCCGGGAGUGUUUCCUGAAUCGCCGCGCUGGCUUCUUCUCUCCGAGAGAACGGGAGACAUGAACUCCUUCAACGAACGGCAGAGAGACGACGACAGCUUCACGGAGCUGGACACAGACUUGUCCUCGUCUCCUGGACGUCCUCGUCUGUCCUUCCCAGAGCUGCUGCACAGCAGAAACAUCUGGAAAAACCUGUGUGUGCUGGGAUUCACUUCGUUCAUCUCUCAUGGCAUCAGUCACUGCUACAGCUCCUUCAGAGGUGAUGUCAGAGGAUUCACCCCCAGUUUCUAUUGGACGUACCUGCUGUCUGUAUGUGCAGGGGGCGGAGCCUGGCUGUUGCUCUGGGCAACAGUGGACAGGUUUGGUCGUCGUGGAAUUCUUCUUCUAGCCAUGACCUUGACCGGACUGGCUUCCCUAAUCCUGCUCGGACUCAUGGACUAUCUGAGCGAGUCAGCCAUGACUGUGUUCUCUAUAAUGGGCCUGUUCUCGUCCCAAGCGGCCGCCUCCCUCUCUAUUCUCUUCACCGCUGAAGUCAUGCCCACCAUCAUCAGAGGAAGUGGUGUGGGAGCGGUCAUGGCUUUGGGAUGUGUGGGUCGCCUCAGUUCUCCUCUCAUGGAUCUGCGUAACCACUACGGCUACUUCCUGCACCAUGUGGUCUACUCGUCUCUGGCCUUGCUGGCGGUCCUCUCCAUCCUGCUUCUCCCGGAGAGCAAACGCAAACCCCUUCCACAGACGCUGGCGGAUGGAGAACAGUACCGCCGGCCUCCACUGGUGCGAAGACGUAGGGAUAACGUUCCUCUUCUGGCUACGCCCAACCCAGAGACCUAGCCUUCAAUCUUCAACUGCAAAUACUGAGGGACUGACCUCGGAGUCCCGUCCUAAUAAUCUUGUAUUUGUAGUCAUUCCUAACAGGUGUCGGUGGAGUCGUGGCACAUGGACCCAUCAUGUAAGAGUUGAAGGGACCGUGUCCACAGAGUACUCAAAUGCUUGUCAGCGCUCAGUGGCAUAAACCAUGAGACAAGGGCAUACUCUUGACUAAACAUUGAAGUCUGACCCAUGUAGCAUUCGGUGACUUAUAAGUAAUAUAUUAGACCAAUAUGAGACAAGGGCUCAAAUGGUAGUUUUCGAAAUCUAUUUAUCCCUGUGAAAACAGGCUUAAGUUCUCACUCCAGAUGGAAUUGUUCUCUUGGUUCUUUUACACGUUGCUGCUAAGAAUGGCUCGCCCCGAGGAUCGCUGAAGAACUGAUCAGUGCUUCAAAGAUCGUUUAUGUGCACUCUGAUUAGACUGAGGCAUGAUACCAGAAACACUUAUUACUGUAUGUUACACGUCAGGAAUAUUAUAGGAAUGCAACUUGAGUUGUACUGUACGUACAGAAGCUGGGAUGUCUUGUCAAUUACUCCAUUUUAUGUCUCUAUUGCACGGCCAGGUGUUAAUUUUUAAAGAACCGAUUAAAAAAAAAAUAUAUAUAAAAAAAAUA